AUGUAAUCAUUUUACAAAUUAGCAUUCCAGACACUCUAAAAUUUCCAUUCUCUGGGAUUAGUAAGUGAUGAAGAGAAAUAAUACUUGAAAGAAGUGAUAUUAAAUUUGUCUAAUCCUUAACUUGAUACUUCUUAGGAUUAGAUGUCAGCCUUAUUACUUUAAUAAAUUUAAGUAUUUAGAAACUAAUUCUAAAGAACAUAGUAAACAAAGAAAUUAUUAUGUUUGAUAGAAGAAGAGACUGAUGAAGAUGAUAACAUUUGA